AUGGCUACCGACGCUCUCAUUACGUUCAAGGCUGGCCAGUGCGGCCUGAAUGGCAAAAGGUCAAGCCUGAUGCCACUCCUGGCUACCUCUACCUCUACGAAGAAGAUGCUCGUACACUUCUGCUGGCGCCCUCGUUCCGCCCCUCCUACAUCCCCCGAGCUCGACCUGAUCAUGUUCCCUGGCGAUGCUACCUUCACCCCAUACACUGGCAACACAUCAUCUUCCGACACAAAAUCGCCCACCAACGGCCGUAUCUACAUGCUCAAGUUCUCAUCAUCCUCGCAACGCCACUUCUUCUGGCUUCNNCAAUCCAAAUCACAACACCCUAGUGGCGAUGCAAGCUGGUUCAGCUCAAGAGACAAGCGUUACGGCGAAAUUAUCAACAACAUCCUUGCUGGCGAAGAGGUCGAUGUCGGCUUCGAGAUUCAGCGUCUAAGAGGCGGCGAGGAUGACGACGAUGAAGGCGGCGACGAUGUCGACAUGGAGGACGCACAACCCGAACAUCACAGACAGGGCAGUGGUGGUGCUGGUGCAGAUGCCACUGGCGCCGACCCUCGAGAGGAGGGCGAAGCCAGCCGUGAAGGCGGUGCUGAUGGCGGCAGAGCAUCUCUCCAGGGCUCCUCGCUCGGUACUCAACCGCAGCAACAGCAACAGUCAUCAUACGACCGACCCUUUACCACUCUCUCCGAGCUUCUCUCAACCAACAACACUAUCCCCUGGCUGUCAUCAACUUCGCCUGAGCAGAUUGAUGCACUCUGCAUGCACUUGCCUCCUUCCCUUUUCCUACUGGCUCAGGAAUCUGCUGCCACCACUUCAUCCGCUGAGCCUAGUGAGGAAACCGCUCGCGCUGCAAUCGAAGCCAUGGCAACCGAGCAGAAGCGUGAGCUGCUACAGCGUGUACUUCGCUCACCUCAACUGAACCAAAGUCUGGGUAGCUUGACCUUCGCACUGAGAGAUGGUGGCCUUCCCAUGGUCUCCGAGGCUCUCGGUGUCAAGGUCGCCAACGGUGGUAUGGUCAAGGGUGGUAGUGUACCUCUCGGCGGCGGUGAAGCUGUCGAAGCCUUUGUCGAGGGUGUCAAGAAGGGUGUUCAGGAUAAGAAAUGA